UUCUUUUCCAUUUAAAGGUAGGUGUCAUGAAUCAACAAAUUAGGAUUUCUAAAACUACCAAUUACAAGGGCACGAGGAAAGUACUCUGCGAUGGAAACACUGAGCCACGAGCCUCUUCUCUAUGAUAACUCUGCUGGAGAGACUCCACCAAGUCCAAGCACACCAUUGCAGAAUUCACGGGAGAAGAAACAACUAUCUGUUAAGGAAGAAGAAGAGGAAGAAAAGGAGGCAAAAGCAGAUACUUUAUUGGAUCUAAAUGCCCCUGGUGGUGAUUCUGCUAUUGGGUGCAGUCCAGUGCUGAAUCUGAUCACGUGUUUGGACACAGAUUUGUCAAGCACCACAUCAGAAAACCAACAUGGCUCAGAGCCACGAGUGUUCUCUUGCAACUAUUGUCAGAGAAAGUUCUACAGUUCACAAGCUCUUGGGGGACACCAAAACGCCCACAAGAGAGAGAGGUCAAUUGCAAAGAGAGGUCAUCAAAGAUCAGGAUCACGUUUGAUGGCCUCAGCUACAACAGCUCUGGGAAUUCCCUUUCUCCAUAAUCACCUUCACCACCACUAUGCCACUAUGGCUUCUCUGCCUCUCCAUGGUGCUUCUAGUAAUAAUAAACCACUUGGAAUUCAGGCUCACUCCAUUAUUCACAAGCCUUCUUCUUCAAAUUAUUCUCAUUUUUCAUUCAAUGGGUUUGGAACCACUUUUGGACAUCGUGGUUGGUCUAGACCCCUUAUUGAUCAACAACCUGGAAUAGGGAAGCUAACGAUGGAAAGUUUUCACAAAACAUCAAGAGGCAAUGUUGGGAAAUUCGAUGUGGUGAAAACGACCAGGCUUAAUUCAGCGACCAAUGAAGAAAUCAGUGGAUAUAUGGUUAGUGGUAUUAGUCUUUUGAAGACUAAUCAAGAGGAAAUGAAGCACCUUGACUUGUCCCUAAAGCUCUAAGCAUCAUGGGAUUGUGUUGAAGUUUAGUACUUAGUAUAGUAAACAUUUUUCCAACUUUAUUGUUUCACAGCUUGUAAUAAUAAUGUAUUGUGUAAAUUUGUUUAUGAGAGGAUCAAAGUUUUUUAAUUAUCUGUUCAUGAAGUCUCAAUUAUUCAAUUCCUGUAUGGUUAGCAGUUUGUUAA